AUGAAUGUGCCACUAGUGAAAGAGGGUACUGAAUAUCACUAUCUUUCCAUUCAGACUAUGGGCAUAUCUCCCACGGAGUCGAAAAAGCUGAGAGGAGAAUUUCUGCAGGCAGCUGCAGAUAUCUUCGAGAAAGUGCUUUCGAAGCCUCCUACGCCAAACGUUGUAGAACUGUGGAAUGAACACCAAGAGAUUAGGAGGGUCCUUGAUGAGAUUACUAGCAAACAGGCCAAACUCAGCGACACCGAUAUCCACUUGUCGAAAAUGCGGUUGGUCUUUUGCUGUAUUUCUUUAGAACUACGAUCUGAAAAAGAUGUUGCGGAUUUCAUGACAUGGGCCGAUCAAAUCGGCAUUAAACGUUAUGGAGUAACAGUAUCCGAGUGCGACGAAGUAGGCGGCUUAGGGCUGUUGGCCUCGAAACAGAUAGCUGAAAAGGAGCGAUGUGUGACUGUCCCAAGACAUGCCAUGAUUUCCGUUGAUCUAGCGAGGAAAUCUGCUAUACUCAAAAAGGUGUUUGAAAGCGAAGUUAUUGUUCAAAACAUGGCGAAUGUUGGCCUGGCUCUUUUCAUCUGUGCUCAUAAAGUGAAAUCUGAUUCGAAAUGGGCCCCCUAUCUCAAUGUGCUUCCCAGUUUCUACACGACACCGCUUUUUUAUACAGAAGACGAAUUACAACUACUGAAGCCGUCCCCUGUUUUUGAAGAAGCUUUACUGUUCUACCGUACUGUUGCUAGGCAGUUCAUUUAUUACUUGCUUAUGAUCGGCCGUAAUGACGUCUACGACAACACAAGUCGUAGAGAAAGAGCCGGAGCUCAGCCUCCGCUGUUGUACAAUUCCCCCUUCACCGUGGACAAUUUCACGUUCUCACUGUAUAGAUGGUCCGUUGGAACGGUAACUACACGAAUUAAUCUGAUUCCAAGUGAAACGGCCAGAGCUGCUGACGGCACUAGAAAAAUGGUACCCGCCCUAAUUCCCAUGUUGGAUAUGGCUAAUCACGAACUUAUCAUGGGGACUGAAGAUUUGGGAGAAGCUGUUUCUUACUGCUUGGAGGAUGACUGCGCAGAGAUACUGGCCACAAAGAAUGUGGCCCCUGGCCAGUGGGUAAGUAUGUUUUAUGGCAGACGAUCAUGUGCCGAUCAUCUACUACACAAUGGCUUCGUCCCUGCUGGCGCAAAUCCUUUCGAUAGCUACAAGUUGAAAAUCAGUCUUGGACGAGCUGAUAAGAAUUUCAAAGAGAAACAGAAGCUAUUCUCAGAAAUGGGCUUCAGCGAAACUUCAAAUGUCUACCUCUACGAUAUUGGAGUCGGCCCAAGUCCAUUCCAUCCUUCUAUGGAGCAGUUCGCUCGAAUCUACGUCUCCGACAUGCCGGCGAUGGCAAUAUCGGACCCAGCUACGCUUCGCAAAGCCGUCGAAUUCCUCAAAAAUCGUUUUGCUAUAUUGGAACGCUCCUAUGGUAAUAUAGCUGAAGGGAAAACAUUGAAUGAGAAAAAUAUAGCUUCACUGAAAAAGGCAGAAGUUUCCAUUCUGAAAAAUGCAAGGUAA